CACACAUUGUAUGGCUGGUCGAAUUAGUUUAGAGAAAAUGCCGCCAAUUUAUAUUUUCAUGGUUUUAACGCUAUUUAUUACAAUAUCGUAGAUCAUGUUUUAAAACCAUUAAUAUCAUAGAAAUACUUUUUACUUAGAUGGGUUAUUUCUUGUGAUGCUUAAUUAAUAAGUAGUAAAUUUGGAAAGAAGUCAUAAAGUAUUUGUGCUGUGACUGUGAGGCUCUCUGUUUACAGACAUUGAUUGGUAUUGGUUGGUACUGGUUUCAUUUUGAAAUAAGAAUUUACCCCUAGUUUCCAGCUCAGCUGCCAAUCGGACAUAGGUGAUGUCCUUACUGCUAUCACCAGUAACUAAUCAGAAGGAUUUUUCUAUAUCAAGUUUAAAUGUUAUAAGUAAUAAAAAACACCAUAGGAAUAUUCUUAAAGCUAAAGAAAAUACAUAUAAACAUAGGUGCGUUAGAGCACUGAAAGAAAAAUUAAAAAAAUAUAAACUGAGGCAUAAUGGAAAUGAGGAUCGAGAAGUAUUGGAUGUGUCUCAAAAAUUGACUAAUUUCCUCAAUAUUAAAUCACCUAAAAGCCGAAUCAUUCAAAAUAACAAUUGUAUAAUAGAUGAAAAUUAUCCUAAAAAUUAUCUAUUUAAGAUGGGUAGAAAAAAACAACUCAUUAAAAGUAAAGAAAGUUCAGAUUUAAAUGGUCCAUUUACAAAUCAAACUGAUGACAAAAACACGGUAACAUUUACUGAAGACAAAGAAAAACAACAAACCAAUGCAUUUAAAUUACUAAUGGAUUCAAGGAAUAAAAGUAUCGGAAGCAAUUCUCCAGGGAAGGAGAGACCUAUAGACAAACAUGAAGUACAAGAAAUUGCAGAGAAAAAGAAUCUUAAAGCCAGAAGAAGUUUAGCUCUCCAAAAACUGGCAGAAGAUAAGGGUUCAUUAAAGAAGAAAGAAAUGGAAGAGUAUCAAGAGUACUGUAUUAAGAAAAAAAUGGAAAAUAGGGCUGAGAGGUUGAAGAAUAUGGUAACAAGUAAUAAAGUUAACAAAACAGAAAAGCUAACUAACAAGGUCCUUAAAACAAAACCAUCCAAAGAAAUUGCAUCUGAUUUGUUGGUAAAUAAAGAAGUACCAAAACAAAAAACAUUGACGCUAAUAAGCCUAUUCAAUGAUUCUGUAAUUCAAACCGAUAUGAGCCCAACAAAAAAGUUGUCAAAGGCUGAUAGCGAAUUUUUAGAAAAGUUAUCCCCAUCUUUAAAAAAGAAAGAAAACAUGUUGUGCUACUUUAAAAAGGUAGAUAAAGUAAUUCCUUUAUCUACUGACAUGGAUAAUGAUAGUUGUAGCAGUAAUGAAGAUGUUGUUAUCAAAGUAAAACUGUCAUCCAAGUUAAAGAAAAAGGCCAAGAAAAACAAAUUGUCUGUCUCGAAUGUUAACAGAGAAAACUUAGAAUCUAAGGGUGUAUCAGUUGAUUGUAUUGAAAUUAGUUCUGAAGUAGCAGUUGACAAUCAGCAAUCAGAGUCAAACAAAAGUAAAGACAGACGGAAGAGAAAAAGAAAUUAUUACUUAGAUAACAUUUUAAUUAAUAGUAAUAGCAAAUAUAUUGAAUCACCAGCUAAAGAAUGUAGACCUAAGCGAAAUAUAAAAAAACCCAUUAAAUAUAAUGACGAUGUUGAUUUAUUUAGUUCUGAUGAUGAUUUGCAUAUUUUUACACCAAAAAAGAAAAGAAAUGGUGAUCAUGUAACUUCUGCCAAAAUAACAACUAAAAUAGAAGAUAAAAGUAAAUCAACUUCAGAUGUAGACAAAUCUGAUAUUCCUCUUAAAAGUAAGUCUGCUAACAAAACAAAUAAGAUACUCCAUGCUGCAUCUACAGUCUCAGUUCAGAAAAAGAAUGUGAAAUUAGCACCAAUAUUUGCUGUCAAACCACAACUUGAUCCUGCAGCUAUUGAAGCUAAACAAAAAUUUCUGCACAGUGGAGUUCCUGAUAAAUUAAAAAAAUAUAUAUCUGAUCAAAAAAAUAAAACUAAAGAUCAACAUAUAUUUCCGAUUACUGUCCACAUACAGCAACAUAAAAAUAAUAAAUGUGUCAUUCCUACAAAAAGAUUAUGUGAUCAACUGAAAGAUGUGUCUGAUAGUGAGCUUAAUUUGCCAUUAGAACACAGUUUAUUUUCAAGGUUUUUUGAUACCUUAUUAUACAAUAAUGAGACAGAGAAUAGUAUCAUAUCAAAAUGUGACAAGUCUACAGUUUUACAACUUAUUAAGAAAACUUAUCCUAAAUUUCCCACAUAUAGGACUUAUCACUUAUUGAAAGAUAAAAAAAGUGGAGAAAUUAAAGACUGUAGCUAUCAAGAUUUGGACAAUUGUCUAGAAGUUAUACAGGAUUCUACUGAUUGCAUCAAUGAAAGCCCUGAUACAUUAAAUUGGUGUGAUAAAUAUAAAGCAACAUCUUCAAAACACAUAAUUGGUAAUUUUGAAAGUAUUCGAGAGCUGAGGAAAUGGUUAGUCACAUGGACUGAAAAUGAAGUAAAAUCGAAAAAUAAAGUGAACUUUGAGUCUGAUUCUUCAGACUUCUGUCAUUCUGAUUCAGAUAGUAAAAAUAGUACUAAAACAACUAAUAAUUUACUUUUGAUUACUGGUCCCGUUGGAAGUGGUAAAACAUCAAGUGUAUAUGCUGUGGCAGCAGAAUUAGCUAUCAAAGUUAUUGAAGUUAAUGCAAGCAGUAAAAGAACUGGAAAAAUAAUGCUUCAAGACUUACAAGAGGCUACACAAUCUCACAAAGUUAAUAGAGGAAAAAGUAGCACAGAAAAUUCCCAAAAAUCACAAGAAAUCUUUGAAACUAAUAAAAAAUUACUCAAUAAGCGAGGUAGACCAAAGAAAAAUAUAGAAAAAUCAUCUAAUAAGGAUAUAUUGCCUGCUUCUAAAAAUGUAAAUUUGAGUCAAACUGCAAGCAGUCAAGAAUGUGUUAGGACAGGAAUGUCCCUUAUUCUUAUAGAUGAUGCAGAUAUUGUUUUUGAACAAGAUGAUGGAUUUUGCUCUGCUAUUGUGCAGUUAGUUCAAAGCUCAAAACGACCAGUCAUUUUAAUAUCAUCCACUACAUCUUGUUUACAUCUACAAAGAUUUUCACAGAUUGCAAAGAAUAUUGACAUGCAUCCUUUUCAGCCCAGGAUUCUUGGUACUUGGUUAGACAUCAUGUGUUUGGUAGAUUGUGGAAUUUGUGUGCCUGGUACAGGAGCAACAAUUUUAGAUUUUUGCAAUGGUGAUAUAAGAAAAGCAAUAAAUUCUUUACAAUUUUAUGUUUCUUCUCAAAUGCAAUCAGAAUGUGAAAAUGAAAAUAAUACACCAUAUUCGGAUAUUGUGCCUAUUAUGGAUGAUGAAAAUUCUGGUAUGUCUUGGACAGAGAAUUUUAAUACUGAUGGUAAAAAGCUUUCUUCAGUUAAUAGUUUCGAUAACAGAUUAUGUAAAUAUAUAAUUGGCAAGCAACUUACAUUAUCUCCAGGUCUUCCACUGGACUUGUUCAAUAUAUGGUGGAGUAUACCGAAACUACUUAUUAGUACAAGUAAUUUUCAGCAUUUGAAACAGCAAAAUAUCGAUAUUUUAGAUUCAGAAAAUAUCCAUAAAACAGUUGUUAAAAUGGAGGCUGUAGCAAAUGCUUUGGAUUCUAUAUCAAUAGCUGAAUAUUUUAGACCUAAUUCUGCCAUAUGGAAUGAUAUCACAAAUAACCCUUGGUUUUCUGAAGAAAGUGACAGUGUAUCAGAGAAUGAAGUUUUGUAUGGCUAUAAUAGCAAUCAAGAAUUAACUGAAGAAAUUACACAUAAACUGGUUGUAGGCUCAAUUUUUGAAGCCCAACAUGUACUGAAAAUAAAGAAAAACACUGAUGUGCAAUUUCCUAGCAUGGAUUCUCGAAGGGAAAGAGAUCGAGUCGUGACGCGGCAUCACAGCUUGAGCAACAGUUUUAACCCAUCUGCCGUUCUGGACAGGAGAGCUCUGGCAUUGGACUAUUGGCCAUACUGUCGAACAAUUUGCAGGGUAGAGAAAUCCAAAACUGACAAUAAUUUGAAGAGAAACAACCGCUUCUGUCACUAUCUCAAAUCUUUGAAUGUCAUGUGUAAAACUGAUUACUUUGACAAGUUAGCAGAUAGUCUUCAUCCAUAUGGGCCUAAAGAGGAAGGACCUCUUGAAAUUGAAUAAAGUUAGUAUAAUAUUAUAAUUUAUUUUCAUCUAUUAUUAUUAACCAACUAUUUUCUUUAAAUCGACUGAUAUUGAUUACUUGAAAAGUUACUUAUUAAUUUGUGAAAAUAUAAGGAAUUUUAUUAUU